AUGAGCAGUUUUCUAUUUGGAGCAACGUUUGCUGCUUUUAUGGUGUACUGUUUUUAUUUGAACCAUCAUGAUUCCAGUAAUAAUAUUCUGGGAUUUACUGAAAGAGAAGCAAGACUGGCCAGUAGAGUUCAAGAAAUUGAAGAACAAAAUCAAUUAUUAAGACGACAACUUAGUUUGUCCCAGAACCAUUUGAUAACUGUUUCAAAAACUUACAAUGCUUCAACGUUUACCAUCAAAGAACAAGAUAUACCUCUGAAAACGACUCAAAAGAAACCAACUGUUCCUUGUAUAUCUAGUCAGGAUGAUUAUGUUCCAAAAUGUGACUUCAUUCACAUAGCAAUUGUGUGUGCUGGAUACAAUGCAAGCAGAUCUGUAGUUACUCUCAUCAAAUCAAUUUUGUUUUAUCGUAAAAACCCUUUAUACUUUCAUAUGAUAUCUGAUUCUGUGGCUCAAGUUAUUCUUCAAACAUUAUUUAACACAUGGAGUGUACCCCAAGUUGAUGUUGGUUUCUAUUUGGCUGACAAUAUUGUUAAUGAUGUUUCUUGGAUACCUAAUAAGCAUUAUUCAGGUGUUUAUGGAUUGAUGAAGUUAACUUUACCAAAAGUACUUCCUGACUCACUUGAUAAGGUUAUAGUAUUAGACACUGAUGUUACAUUUGCUACAGACAUUGCUGAAUUAUGGAGUAUUUUUUCUAAAUUCCAACAUAAGCAGAGUAUUGGACUUGUGGAGAAUCAAAGUGAUUGGUAUUUAGGGAAGCUUUGGAAAAAACAUCGUCCUUGGCCUGCGCUUGGCAGAGGUUAUAAUACUGGAGUUAUUCUCUUAGAUUUAAAACAAUUACGUGAUGAAGGAUGGGGUCAGCUAUGGAGACAAAUAGCUGAAAAGGAUUUAAUGACUCAUUAUACAACCAGUCUUGCUGAUCAAGACAUUUUUAAUGCAAUUAUAAAACAGCAUCCAUAUUUAGUAUAUAAAUUGCCCUGUCAGUGGAAUGUACAGUUAAGUGACAAUACUAGAAGUGAAUUAUGCUACACUGAAGUUACAGACUUAAAGGUCAUACAUUGGAAUUCUCCCAAAAAAUUAAAAGUAAAAAAUAAGCAUGUGGAAUUUUUUAGAAAUUUAUAUCUAACUUUUUUAGAAUAUGAUGGUUAUCUUUUGCGGCGUGAAUUAUUUAGUUGUAAUAUUUCCAGAACAACUCAUAAGCAAAGAGAAUUGAGUAAGUUAAAUGAAGAGGACCCUUGCUAUGAUUUUAGAAGGGCCUGCUUAAAUAAUUUCAGAACACAUUUAUAUUUUUUACAUUAUGACUAUGAACCAAGUCCAGAAGGGAAUGAUGUUACUCUGGUUGCUCAGCUAUCAAUGGAUCGUCUUCAGAUGGUAGAGAUGAUGUGUAAACAUUGGGAUGGUCCUAUUUCCUUAACACUUUAUAUGUCGGAUACUGAGGCUCAACAAUUUUUAAGUUAUGCAUUAGGUUCAGAAAUUCUUAGUAAUAGGAAAGACAUUGGAUAUCAUGUUGUUUAUAAAGAAGGGAAUUUUUAUCCAGUUAAUUUUUUACGAAAUGUAGCCCUUCAGCAAGUUAAUACUCCUUAUGUAUUCUUGACAGAUAUUGAUUUUCUUCCAAUGUUUGGACUCUAUGGUUACCUUAAAAAAUCUGUUCAAGUUUUGGACUUGGAAUCUUCAAAAAAGGCUUUAGUUGUGCCUGCAUUUGAAACUCAACGUUAUCGUACUACAUUUCCUCGAAGUAAAGCUGAACUGAUUAGAAUGCUUGAUAUGGGAACUUUGUUUACAUUUCGUUAUCAUGUUUGGCCCAAAGGACAUGCUCCUACUAAUUAUGUUAAAUGGCGUUCGGCUACUAAGUCUUAUAGAGUUCAGUGGGAACCUGAUUAUGAACCAUAUAUAGUUGUACGAAAAAACACUGUACCAGAAUACGAUACUCGUUUUGUUGGAUUUGGUUGGAAUAAAGUUUCCCAUAUUAUGGAAUUAGAAGCUCAAGGUUAUUCAUUUAUUGUACUUCCCAAUGCAUUUAUUAUCCAUAUGCCUCAUGCUCCCAGUUUUGAUAUAGCCAAAUUCAGAGGAUCAGCCCAAUACCGCCGGUGCUUAAAAAUUUUAAAAAAUGAGUUCGUGAAAGAUUUAGAAAAUCGCUAUUCAAGAGUGUUUGAGACAGAAGGGAAUUAA